AUGUCGCAUAAAAGAAUAGACUUAUUUCAUAUGAUGAUAGUCGCAAAGUACUUUUCUUCAAUCAACGACUUUCUUUAUCUUCAACUAGUCACGAAAAAAUACGAAAAUAUUCUUUCAUGUUUUCAUUAUAACCCAAUUUCACUCACAUUAAAAACUCGUCGCCUUUUUCCAAAUUUAGAAACUCUGCAUCUAUCUUCAAGUAGUGACGAGACAUUUGAAAAUAAGAUUUUUUAUCAAAGAAUUGUUUGGUUUCAAGUCUCCAAAAGCAAAACAUGUUCAUCUCAAAAUGUUUUGUUUAAAAACGUCUCAUAUAAUGAAAAAGAAAUAUUCCGAUAUAACACAUCCCACGAUUUAAACUCUGUUGUUAUAUCGGACAUUCAUGCACGGGAUAUAACUUUGAAUAUGAAAGGAAUGGUAGAUCACUAUGACGCACGUAUACCAUUUCAGAGUUUAACUUCUAUAGUACUUCCGCCAUAUUUGACAUCUCUUGGUGAUGUUUACUAUUACCGCAGUUGUUAUAAAUUAUCUUCAAUUACACUUCCAUUGAGUCUUCAAAAAAUUGGUCAAUAUUUCUUUUAUGAAUUUACAUCAUUAACAUCCAUUGACAUUCCUUCAAAUGUCACUCAUAUUGGCAGAAAUGCGUUUCAAAAAUGUUACUCUCUUAAGUCGGUUACUAUUGGAGCAAAUCAUAUAAAUAUUGAGAUGUUUGCAUUUGAUAAUUGCAGUAAAUUGUCUGUCGUGAAUUUUACUUCGAAUUAUAGUAAUUUAAAUUAUAUUAAUAAUAAUGGUUGUGUUUUUGAGAAAGAGAGUCUAUUUGGUUAUGAAGCAUUUACAUAUUGUUCAUCAUUACAAACAAUUUAUAUACCAUUGUUUGUAUUAAAACUCAAUUCUACCUUUUGCAAUUGUAGUGCACUGCGCCAAGUCAUUAUCCCAAAAAGUUUGGAAAUAAUUGGUGACUAUGAAUUUUAUGAAUGCAAACAUUUGAAAUAUCUUUUCACAUUUGAAGAAUACAAAAAUUGUGGAUUUAAAGAUUUUAUUCAACAACCUCAUUUUGUGAGUGAUACUAAUACUAAAGUUAUUUAUGAUAAAAAUAGAAAUAACAAUGUCAAAAACAUUAAAGAAAUAGAAAGUUUUGAUAUUAUUUUAAACUAUAAUAUAAACACAAUUAAAACCUAUGCUUUUUAUGAUUGUUUAGCAAUUGAAAGUGUAUUUUUAGGAGAAAAAAUUUCAAAUGUUGGAUACCACACAUUUGAGAAUUGUUCUAAUCUACAAAAAGUUAAAUUUACUAAUUCUAUAAUUAAGGAACUAAACGACUUUGUAUUUUUAAAUUGCAUUUCUCUUCGAGAAAUAGUGCUAUCAAUUAACUUAGAGAAUUUAAAGGAUGGAUGUUUUAAAGGGUGUUCACAACUUUCUAAAAUUGUGAAUACCAGCACAGUUAAAUGUUUUGGCAAUUCAUGUUUUUACAGUUGCAACAAUUUGGAUAAUUUCGAUUUUUCAAAGAGUGUCUCCAACAUUGGGGAAUAUUGUUUUUUUAAUUGCUCAAAAAUGUGUUUUCCAGUCGAAUUUACUCAUACCACUUAUAUUGGGAAAUUCGCGUUUUGUAUGUGUUCUAAUUUAACUUCAGUUGUCAUUCAAGGAACUUUGGAAUGUUUAUACGACAACACGUUCGAUGGUUGUUCUUCACUUGUUACAGUAAUAUUGCCAAGAUGCAUAAAAAUCAUCAGACCAGACUGCUUUAAAAAUUGUCGAAAACUCGAAAAUUUUAUACUUCCAGAAAACGUCCGUUAUAUUGGGUUUCACGCUUUUUUGAAUUGUGUUUUGCUUAGUAAUAUUGUUAUAAAUAAAGACGCGUUUUUUAUUAGUAUGGGUGCUUUUAGUGGGUGCUCACGACUUAAAGAAGAAGGAAAAAUACCUCAACAUUGUUUUGAGUAA